AUGUCUACGAUGCUAAAGGCAACAGAACGCCAUUUCUACUUCCACGGGAAAGAGGGCUAUGAAGUAGAGCGCAAUAAUUGUCACUGGUGUCAAAUUCGCUCCUUUUCAACUCACUCAACACUCCCAGUCACAGUCGUUAACGAAGAAGACAACGAGGUUCUCCCAGAUGACUUCCGUUUCAUCAACAAUGUCGUACUUGGCAAAGGAGUUGAGCAAGCUGGGGAUAGUUUCCGCAGCGGCUGCUCUUGCGCCAAGGACUCGGAGUGUCAAUACACAAGUUGUCAUUGUCUCGCCGAUUUAGAGGACGACGAUUCCAGUGAUGAAGAGGAAUUAGAUGCCUUUGGAGACAAGAUAGAGAGAGCCACACCAAAGCCUCGGAGAAUAGCAUAUGCUUAUCACUCCCACGGCGCAAAGGCUGGUCUUUUGCGGUCAAAGUUCCAUAGCUCCAAGAUGCCUAUCUACGAGUGCCACCAAAGCUGCUCCUGCAGUAUAGACUGUCCAAACCGCGUCGUCGAGCGUGGCAGAACGAUUCCUUUGGAGAUAUUUCGUACACCAGACCGCGGGUGGGGAGUGAGGUCUCCAGUCUCGAUUAAGAAAGGCCAGUUCGUCGACCGAUAUCUCGGUGAGAUUAUCACAUCCACUGAAGCCGAUCGCCGGCGUUCACAGUCUGCUAUCUCUCAACGCAAGGAUGUUUACCUAUUCGCUCUCGACAAAUUCACAGACCCCGAGUCAUUUGAUCAACGGUUGAAGGGUCCAUCUCUCGAAGUCGACGGUGAAUUCAUGUCUGGCCCAACGCGCUUUGUCAAUCAUUCCUGCGACCCCAACAUGCGAAUCUUUGCGCGGGUGGGCGAUCAUGCUGACAAGCAUAUUCACGAUCUUGCCCUGUUCGCGAUCAAGGACAUACCGGAGGGUGAGGAGCUUACAUUUGACUAUGUUGAUGGGGUUUCACAUGAGGGAGAAGAGUCGGGCGGUGAUAUCGACCAUAUGACUCGUUGUCUAUGCGGAAGCAAGAAGUGCAGGAAGUUCUUAUGGUGA